CUUUUGUUUGGUAAUCACCUAGCUAUCAACUAUUGUAUGUUUGUGGGGGAACCGCCACUUUUGCCAGCCAAGGGGAGAUCAUCCAAUAUCCAUGAACGAGAAGAUGACACCAGGGCGAAGAAGUCCACUGGCACCCGCCUGGUCAGAAGAAAUAACGCCGCUUGGGCCCGAGGCCAAUAGCAGAACCGGAAGAACCAGGAGAAGGCAGAGAAUUUGGGCGCUUUCCACUAUCGAAACGUCCAAAGGUCAACAUCUACCCAAUUUUUCUCAAAAUCCCGUUCAACUUUCUAGACCCACCUUUCAGCCCAAUCAGCAAAGAUUACAAAGUGUUCCAACUCCUAUGUCAGUAGAUCGUUCAACGACACGCCCUAGUAUCCAACAUCGGUCUAACUAUUUACAAAAUACAGAAAAACCGUCUUAUAUUGUUGAAGAACUUCACAAUCAAGAUGAAUCUUCCACUAACUACGACAAUUUUGAAACUUAUAAUGAGUAUAUCGAAAACGCUAACGAACAAACAUCUUGCGAUGAUCAUUACAACCUACAUCAAGCUUUUGAUCAACUAAACCUAGAAAAAAUUUUACUAUCCCGGCCUCAAACGAGGACAAUCCAUAGGUGA